AACAGCUCAACAAAGAUAUAACCAAUGUGGCCUUCAAGCUGUGAAAUCUGCCAACUGAAACGCCGGAAAAUUUUUAAAACGCCGCGGAGGGCAAAGUUCGCUUGCACGACGAAAAAGUCUCACUCGAUAUUCAACUGGAUAAAUUUGCAUCAUUAUUUGCCGAAACAACAAUGCCAGCAAAUUUGAUUGUCAUGAUGGAUUGGAUGUACUCAUGAAUGGCCUAUUUCAACACCAUCAAUAGACUCAAAUUAGCUGCUGUGAAUCCAUCAUUCCCCUCUCUCAAUCGAAUCCCAAAAUCUAAAUCUAAAUACCAACCUUGUGCCAUAACCAUACUAUCCAAGGAAGGCCGAUUGGACGAAGCUCUGCACAUUUUACAUACAGCAGAAUAUCAAUGCAUUCCUCUGGACUUCACUGCCUAUUCUUCGCUCUUAAACGCAUGUAUCCAACGGAAAGCACUUGCACAAGGCAAGAGAGUCCAUGCUCACAUGCUUAUAUUCAGUGGGUUUCACCAAAAUGUAUGUCUACAAGUCAAAUUACUCACCAUGUAUGCCACUUGUGGAAGCCUGGACAAUGCACGCCUAGUCUUUGACAAACUGCAGAAACCCAAUGUUAUAGCUUGGAAUGCCAUCAUAAGAGGAUAUGCAUGGAAUGGACCAGAAAAAGAGUCCCUUUCACUGUACUAUAAAAUGCAAGAGGUAGGUAUAAAACCAAAUAAUUUCACAUACCCAUUUGUACUCAAGGCAUGUGCUGGUUUAUUGAAUGUGCAUGAGGGUAGAGAAAUUCAUUUUGAUGUAAUCAGGAAUGAUUUGGAGUCUGAUGUUUAUGUGGCUGCUGCUCUUGUGGAUAUGUAUAGCAAAUGUGGUAGCGUUGAUGAUGCACGUAAUGUGUUUGACAAAAUGUCCACACGAGAUGUUGUCUCAUGGAACGCAAUGAUUGCAGGGUAUGCUCACAACGGAUGUGCCAGUGAGGCCCUGAGGAUUUUUUCCCAGAUGCAGGAUGCGGGAGUGAAAUUGAGCCGGGCAUCUGUUGUGAGUGUUCUUCCAGCUUGUGCGGACUUGGCGGCUUUGCAACAGGGUAGGGAGAUCCAUGAUUAUGUUAUAAGGAAUGAAUUUGAGGAUUAUGGCAACGUGGGGAAUGCUCUAGUUGAUAUGUAUGCAAAAUGUGGGAAUAUAAGGACUGCACGCAAUUUGUUUGACAGAAUGUCUAAUAGAGAUAUGGUGUCAUGGAAUGCAAUGAUUGCAGGGUAUGCAAUGCAUGGGCAGGACGAAGCCGCCCUUGCACUUUUUUCUCAACUGCAGCAGGUUACAAGCCUGAAGCCUGAUCAUAUCACCUUUGUUGGAGUGUUAUCUGCUUGCAGUAAUGCGGGUUUGCUCGAUGCAGGUUGGCGGUAUUUUAAUUUGAUGAGAGGAGAUUAUUGUAUCCCUCCCCGGGUGGAACAUUAUACUUGCAUGGUUAGUCUUCUUGGCCGAACUGGGCAUCUGACUGAAGCAUAUGAUUUGAUCAAAAACAUGCCAUUUGAACCUGAUGCUUGUGUAUUAGGGUCACUGCUUUUUGCCUGUCAAGCUCAUGGCAAUAUUGAGUUAGGGGAAUUGGUGUUGGAAUGGCUUCUGGAAUUUGAGCCAGAUAAUGCUGGAAAUUAUGUUAUUCUCUCAAACAUCUAUGCAGCAGCUGGAAGGUGGAGUGAUGUUGCAAAGGUGAGAACAAUGCUCAAGGACAGGGGAAUGAAAAAGAGUACAGGAUGUAGCUGGAUCGAGAUCAAGAACAAGGUCCAUGCUUUUGUUGCAGCGGACAGAUCACACCCACAAUCAGAGAAAAUCUAUGCAGUUCUGGAAAGUCUGGAAAAACAGAUGAAUGUUCAAGGUUAUGUAGCUGACACAAGCUUUGUGCUGCAUGAUGUAGACGAAGAAGAGAAGAAGAAUGUCAUCUGCAGCCAUAGUGAGAAGUUAGCCAUUGCCUUUGGGCUUAUUAAUACAAGCCCUGGGACAACCAUCCAGGUUACUAAAAAUCUACGUGUUUGUGGUGACUGCCACACUGCUAUAAAAUUCAUCUCCAAGAUUGCAAGCCGAGAAAUUAUAUUGAGGGAUGUAAACCGCUUCCAUCAUUUCAGGCAUGGGGUUUGUUCCUGUGGGGAUUACUGUCUGCAACAGCCUUUUUUUUUCUACAUCUGUAUCAACUGUCGUAUCCAAAUCCAAAUGUAUAGUGUCACAUAUGGUUGCUCUUGUUCAUCCCUGCAAUUCCUAUCGGUUCGCAAAUCUUCUAAUUCUUACCAUUGUUACGCUCAUAUUUCUUAUCAAUUUCCAAAUAAUGUAACUCCAUGUUUGUGUCUUCAAUUUCACUCUCAGUCUAUCAAAUCUAAUAUUUCUCGCUUCAAAAAUUCUACUCGUUCAAAUGCUGUGACCAAUGCAUCUAGUGCAGUCAAACAAAUAUCGCAGCGCAGUGACUAUAUCAACACUCUGUGCAAGGAGGGCAGAUUGAAAGAUGCGCUGGCUCUUUUAAAUACCAUUGAAUACCGAAGUAUUCCUUUGGACUUCAAGACCUGUUUUUCUUUGUUGCAGGCAUGUAGCGAUAUGAAAUCACUAGCAGAUGGUAAGGAAGUCCAUGCACACAUGCUCCUUAGUGGGCUUAACCAAGAUGAAUAUUUAGGAACAAAACUUGUAAAUAUGUAUGCAAAUUGUGGAAGUAUGCAGGAUGCACGCCAAGUGUUUGAAAAAAUGUCCAAACGAAAUGUGAGGUUGUGGAAUGCUAUGGUGAGAGGUUAUGCUUGCAAUGGAUCCCUUGAGGAAACACUUAAGAUUUUUUACCAAAUGCAGUGGGAAGGAGAGCAACCUAACAAUUUUACUUUUCCUUAUGUCCUCAAGGCAUGUGCUGGUUUGUCUGCACUGUUAAAGGGUAAAGAGAUUCAUGGUCAUAUAGUUAGAAGUGGGUUUGGUACUGAUAUUUAUGUGGGAACAGCCCUUGUAGAUAUGUAUGCUAAAUGCGGGAGUUUAGAGGUAGCACGACAAUUGUUUGACAAAAUGUCUGAAAGAAAUGCGAUAUCAUGGAAUGCUAUGAUUGCAGGAUAUGCCCUCCAGGAACAUAUUAACGAGGCCUUGGAACUUUUCCAUGAUAUGCAGAAGAAAGAUGUUAAACCUAGCGCGGUUACCGUCUUAAGUUUGCUAUUGGUCUGUAGGCAUUUAGCUGAUCUGCGGUUGGGUAAGUGUAUCCAUGCUUACAUUAUAAGAAGUGCAAUUCAAAUAGAUGAUUAUUUGGGGUCUGCUAUGAUAGACAUGUAUUCCAAAUUCAGGUUUGUAGAAAAUGCUCGCAAGUUUUUUAAUCUGUUCUCUCAGAAAGGUGUGGUUUCUUGGACCGCAAUGAUUGCGGGAUAUGCACAGAAUGGGCAUUUCGGUGAUGCCUUGACACUGUUUCAUCAAAUGCCACUGGUAGGUUUGAAACCCAAUUUGGUGACCAUGAUAAGUGUGCUACCAGCAUUUGCCCAUCUAGGUAUCCUUGAACAAGGAAAAUGGAUUCAUGCUUACAUCAUAAAAAAUGGACAUAAUGCGGACAAUUCUGCUGAAAAUUGCCUCAUAUCUAUGUAUUUUAAAUGCGGGCAUCUACAGUAUGCACGUCGUGUGUUCCAUAAAAUGUGUAAUAGAGAUGAAGUUUCAUGGAAUGCCUUGAUUUCAGGGUAUGGAAUGCAUGGGAAUGCCAAGGAUGCCCUUGAAAUGUUUGAACAAAUGCAACAAACAGGCUUGAAGCCAAACCAUAUAACUUUCCUAUGUGUUUUAUCUGCAUGUAGCCACGCAGGCCUUGUGGAUGAAGGUUGGCAAUACUUCAAUUGCAUGAGCCGUGACUUUGGCAUUACUCCAAGAACGGAGCACUAUGCUUGCAUGGUUGACUUACUUGGCCGGGCUGGUCACCUGGAUGAAGCAAACCAGUUAAUCAAUAAGAUGCCAUUGGAACCUGAUGCGACUGUAUGGGGUGCCUUGCUCGGUGCGUGUAGAAUUCACUGCAAUGUGAAGUUAGGGGAACACGCAACAAAACACCUUCUUAAGUUAGAGCCUGCAAAUGCUGGAAAUUAUGUUCUGCUAUCAGAUAUUUAUGCGGCAGCUGGAAGAUGGGAGGGAGUAGAAAGGGUGAGAACAUUGCUAAACAACACAGAGCUGAGAAAAAGACAAGGAAGCAGUUGGAUUGAGAUCAAGAACAAGAUUCAUAUAUUCCUUGCAGGAGAUAGAACGCAUCCUCAAGCAGAUGAAAUUUAUACAAUGUUAGAUAGUGUUACUGAAUUGAUGAUCAAGGAAGGCUUAAUGCUUGAUAUCGAGAUGGAUUAUACAGAACAGGAAAAUGAUUUUCUACCUUGCAAUCACAGUGAAAAAUUGGCAAUUGCUUUUGGGCUUAUUAGCACAAGUCCUGGAACAUCUGUUCGGGUAACCAAGAACCUCCGCAUUUGCAAGAGCUGCCAUGGUACCGCCAAGUUUAUUUCUAGGAUUUUCAAAAGAGAAAUUAUUAUGAGGGAUAUAAAUCGUUUCCACUGUUUUAGUGAAGGAUCAUGUUCUUGUGGAGAUUAUUGGUGAUUCCAAUCAAGAGAGAUACAGGCAAUAGCUUUCCAAUAUACAAGAUCAAGGAUAAUACUUGUCUUGAAGUGGCAAACUAGAUCCUAGUGGCAGGGGCAUAUAUUCAAAUAGUUUCUUGGACAGAGUCCAUAAAGCAGUUUAAGCAGCCAGUAAAAACUGAAAAAGGAUAAUUUAAAACCCUCAAAGUUUGCAUUGCAUAACCAUUUUGGGAACCUGGAAUUAUCUUCCCAUGGGAUAUGGCACCAGUUUGUCAGGUUACCCAUAAGCAUAGAUUGCACUUUCUACAGGUAUAACUACCACAAACAGUUGAAAAUGUAGGACUGAUUCGCUGAAAACAUUGUUGGGAGCGUUUUCAUGACACUGUCCUUAAAGUAUAUAAUAAUGCGUAUAUAUCCAGGGUGUAUUAUCUUUACAAUACACAAUUUUGACUGAGACUGGGUAUAACUGUAAACAACAGGUUCUGAAGCCAACAAAUUUCUGACUUUCUUCACAGGGCAACCAGGGGAUUCUUUUGGACAAUAACUAUAAAUUGAAGCACGGGCUCCUUAGCAUAUAGCAUUGUUAUUGUAUAUGUUGUAUCAGAGUCAUUAAAUAUACAAGUGCAAAGGUUACUUGAUGCUGAUACAGAGUUUUGCCUCUGGUGCAAUUUGCAUUUAGAAGAAGACUGAAGUUGGAUGCAAAAGGUUUUCUCAAACAUCACUUUUGUGGUUCUUAUUC